AUGUCUCAACCACUGAUCAUUGUUGUUACCGGCUCAAAUCGCGGCAUCGGCCAAGGCAUAAUCAAACUCCUUGCCAAAAACCAAUAUCCACGACCCUUGUGUAUCUAUGCUACAUCUCGCAGCGGUCUAGACCUCCAAAUUCAACCGUUUCCUCCAAACGAGAUCCGAUAUGCCAAACUUAACAUCUCAGAAACAUCCUCCGUCAAAACAUUCAUCAGCAACACCUUGAAGAAAGAUGGCAAAAUCGACGUGCUUGUCAACAAUGCUGGCGUAAACAACAACCACGACGAGAUACCCGAGCUAGCCGAACAAACGAUAAACGUCAAUUAUUAUGGCACAAAAGAAAUGUGUCGGCUCUUCCUCACCCAAGGAAAAAUGAACACAACACCAAGUUCUCGCAUCGUAAACGUAAGCAGCACCGCCUCUUCCCUUUCCAAUUACAAACCUCCUAUACAAUCUCAUUUUCACUCUGCAAAGUCAGAGGAGGCUGGCUUUGGCGCACCGCCAAAAUCAUACCAAGUUAGUAAAGCACUUAUGAAUGCUUUGACUCUUGUCUUGGCUAGAGAGAAUGAGGGUGUGGCGGUGAAUUGCUGUUGUCCUGGGUGGGUAGAUAGUGAUAUGGGGAAUCAGAUUGAGAAGCCACCGAAGACGUUGGAGGAGGGCGCGAGGUUACCUGUUAGACUGGCUAUAGGUGAUUUAGGGCAGGGCGGUAACGAAGAUGGAGGCCUGGACAGCGAUAGUAGGGAGACGGUUAGCGGAAGGUACUUUGGAAACGAUGGGGUGAGAGGUAAAGGGUGGGGAAGAGCAAGGGGGUGGUAA